GUGUGUGUGUGUGUGUAAGACAGCGGCUCGCGAUGUCCACGCUCUCCACCGCUGUUCUGGUGAUCCGAUAGUUGUGAAAAGCCACCACUAGUCGCCCCCAGUGCUCUUGCAGCCUCCAAUUUUCCUUUCCCACUGUAGACUUAACGUCACGUCCGCACUUGAACUUGAAUUUUAUCCCAUUGUACGGAGGCAGCCCUCGCCACAGAGCGACAGAGAGCUCCCGGAGACACAGGACUCCGCCAUCUUCAUACAGGCAGAAAAGGGGAAAAAACCUCGCAGGUCUUCAUUCAUCUGGAAAGGAGGUGGCAAGUCCGUAUCCCUGGUCUCCGGUCCGCAAAGCCGAAUAGGGGGAGCAAGUGCAAAGAGUUGGAGGGAGUGAGAAGUAACCGGGCAUCGCAUGCAAUAGUGCCCUGGAAAGAAGAACUGUCCGGCGCUUAGCGCACUCAAGUGUACACUCAAGGAGAAUUUGGAUUCAUCCAAUUUAAUAAGUAGUUUUUUCUUUCUUAAAUUAUUAUUUAGACUUAAAAAAAAAUAUUAAUUGCCUAUGACAAUUCUAUACGCCGCUGACUUGACGAAGAGAACCACUUUGGUGUCCAACCUCUCCAAACGCACCGGGCAUCGCGUUCUGAUUUACUUCACAAGCUCCAAGAGACAUUUACAGUGGUUUCUUCACAACUGUCACUCAAAGGCGUGAAACUUCAAGGAUAUUUUUUGGUUGCCCUCAUCGCACAACAGAAGCGCAUGUGUGUGUGUCGGUGAGAUACUGAGCGUCUGCGCGUCUCUGGUCAUCUGGAGCUCCGGAGCGCAGAGACACUUUCUCUUUCCUCACGUUCAAGGGACGUCCGUCUACAUCCACGGCCCGGAGCUGUGGCACUUCUGUGGAAGUCCCGGGAAAAGUUAGUUAGUGAGGGGGGACGAAGACCACGGACACGGAGGAAAGAAGAAGCGAGCCGACUAUUCCUUGUGCUGGUCUCCGGGCGAUGCCAGUGUAAAUGCCAGGGCAAUGUCCCGUCGCAAGCAGGGAAACCCUCAACAUUUGUCGCAAAGAGAAAUUAUAACACCAGAAGCUGAGCAUGUGGAUGCCGGACUGGCCGUGGCCGAUCUCCACCCUCACCCGCUGCUGGACCCCAGCAUGCCCGGGCAUCUGCCCCCCGGCCUGGGUGACCACGACCUCCUCACCUGCGGUCAGUGCCAACUAACCUUCCCACUGGGAGACAUCCUGCUCUUCAUCGAGCACAAGAAAAAACAGUGCCAGACUCUGCCGGCCGGCCACGGGUGCUACGACAAGAUGGCGGACCGCAACAGCCCCUCGCCGCCCCGCGCCGAGCUGAGGAAAGUGGUGGAACCGGUCGAAAUCGGAAUCCAGGUGACACCAGAAGAAGAGGACGAGAGACUGUUGACGCCCCCAAAAGGAAUUUGCCCUAAGCAAGAAAGUGGCCUGGCAGGUAGAGAUGAACCUUCAAGUUACAUAUGCACGACGUGCAAACAGCCCUUUACCAGCGCCUGGUUUCUCCUGCAGCACGUUCAGAACACGCACGGGAUCCGCAUUUAUUUGGAGAGCAACCCAUCCAAUACCUCCCUAACCCCUCGGAUCACCAUUCCUCCUCCUAUUGGUGCUGAGUCUAUACCACAGUCUCCACUAACCAGCUUUUUGGGGGACAAUAACCCCUUCCACCUCCUAAGGAUGUCUGGACCCCUACUCCGGGAGCCCCCGCCGGGUUUCGUGGACAGCCGCCUCCCUAAUACGCCUCCCUUCGUCAGCCCCCCUCCCCGCCAUCACUUAGAUCCGCAUCGCCUAGAACGCCUUAGCGCAGAGGAAAUGGGUAUAAUCUCCCAACAUCCCAGUGCCUUUGAGAGAGUGAUGCGCAUGACACCCAUGGCAAUGGAGUCUCAGUCUAUGGAUUUCUCCCGUCGGCUAAGGGAACUUGCUGGAAACAACAACUCCACUCCACCGCUGUCACCGAGUCGUGCCAACCCUAUGCAUCGCCUUCUCAAUCCCAACCCUUUUCAGCCCAGCCCGAAAUCGCCCUUUCUGAACACCCCUCCAUUGCCCCCCAUGCCCCCUAAUAGCACCACUCCUCCACAGAUACAGGGCAAGUCAAAGUCCUGCGAGUUCUGUGGGAAAACGUUCAAGUUUCAGAGUAAUCUGGUUGUACAUCGGCGAAGCCACACGGGCGAAAAACCCUACAAGUGCCAAUUGUGUGACCACGCCUGUUCUCAAGCUAGCAAACUGAAACGGCACAUGAAGACUCACAUGCACAAGUCUGGCUCCAUGACGGGCCGCUCCGAUGAUGGUCUUUCCACUACUAGCUCACCCGAGCCGGGCACCAGUGAUGUCACUGGCGAGGGAAUGAAGAACAGAGAUGGAGACUUCAGAGGUGAGGGCAUGGGGCCUGACAACGAAGAGGAGGAGGAAGAGGAAGAAGAGGAAGAGCUGGAAAAUGAGAGCAGGCCCGAGUCAAAUUUUAGCAUGGACUCUGAGUUCUGUCGAAAUAGGGAAAAUGGCUCAAAGCCACCUUCAGAUGAUAAAAAUCUUUCCUUGGGUAAAAUGGUAGAAAAUGCGGGACUCAGCUCCAUCCAGCAGUACAGUAACUUAAUAGUUGACAAUCGGAAAAGGCUUCCGUUCUCCAAAAGGGGCUCAGAUGUGCAGAGGGGCGAUGACGAUUCGGUAGUUAGGGAAAUGGAGCAAGUGGAGCGGGCAACUGUAAAUGGAAGGAACUGUGGAUCUGGCGACUCUUUCUCAGGCCUGUUUCCCCGCAAGCCCACUCCUAUCACCAGCCCUAGCCUCUCUAACUCUUCUAACAAGAGGAUCAAAAUAGAGAAGGAUUUGGACAUGCCCCCAGCUCCCCUAAUCCCGUCCGAAAAUGUCUACUCCCAGUGGCUGGUGGGCUACGCCGCAUCUCGUCACUUCAUCAAAGAUCCCUUUCUUGGCUUCACUGAUUCCAGACAAUCUCCAUUCGCCACCUCCUCGGAGCACUCGUCCGAAAACGGCAGCCUGCGAUUCUCCACGCCGCCAGGGGACCUGCUGGACGGGGGCCUCUCCGGCCGCAGCGGUACCGCUAGUGGAGGCAGCACUCCGCACUUGGGUGGGGGACCAGGACCCGGCCGACCCAGCUCCAAAGAGAGCCGAAGGAGUGACACCUGCGAGUACUGCGGGAAGGUGUUCAAGAACUGUAGCAAUCUGACAGUGCACAGACGCAGUCACACAGGCGAGAGGCCCUACAAGUGUGAGCUUUGCAACUACGCCUGUGCCCAGAGCAGCAAGCUCACCCGCCACAUGAAGACGCACGGCCAGCUCGGUAAGGAAGUGUACCGCUGUGACAUUUGCCAAAUGCCCUUCAGCGUCUACAGCACGCUCGAGAAACACAUGAAAAAGUGGCAUGGGGAACAUUUGAUGACGAAUGAGGUCAAAAUUGAACAAGCAGAGAGAAGCUAAGCCAGAUUUCCUAUUUUGCCUCACAAUUCCUUGAUUCUAAAAGGGGUAGCUGGAUACUCUGUUUUUUUAGUUUGGUUGUUUUGUUUGGUUGCUUGUUUGUUUGUUUUCAAGUUAAUGGUUUGAGUUAGAUUUGUCCUAAAAAACUGCCAUCUGAGAAUGAUAAAGACAUUAAAGAAGAGGAAAAAUGCAAAAAGAAAAGGGAAAUUUAAUUCGGAGCUGGUUUAAAUCGCCUAUUUCGGCUUUUAUUUCUAGCAAUCUAUGAGUGGAUACAUUAGUCAAUAUUUUAAAUGGAGCCUUUAACUGUGCAAUAAUUUCUGUAUUUAUUGGAUUUUUUAAGUGUUUUGGCAUGUGCAGGUUCAUUUUUAUUUCAUCAUUUUUUAUUCCAUUGUCUUAAAUUUUGUUUUAAAUACUGAGAUUUUGCUUUUAAACCCAAGAGACAUCCUGAGAUUUUUUUUUACUUAGAGUAUCGUUUGAGAAAUCCAUAGGUCGCUGCUUACGAUGUAGGUUAUUUAAGCUACACAUGUAAUUUCUUGAAGAGAAGCCGCAUCUGAUCUUCAAAAUUUCAAACUGAGAAAGCUAUUUCUUCUUUUCAUUUACAUUUUUUUGUUUAUUAUUCAUACUUAUUAAAUGAGCGGACAACAAUCCUUAGGCCGUGUAGUACGAACUGAUUUUUAAACAUGUCAACCUAAUUGGGUAUGUAGCACUGAAUGUCAGUUCUAACAGUUAAUCUAAAGAGGACUGUGGGGCUGAAAACCUUUGUCAACUCUUCAGGUCCGAAAUCAGGGAGAGGAGACUAUAAAACAGACAAUAGCCAAGGCAGCUGCUUCUUGGUACCUAGUACCGACACAGACAACGCUAGUAAUAGAACUUUCUCUAAUCGGUCUCACUCCAAUCGUUCAUAGAGAAUUUUAAUCCCCAGCACCCUUUCCAUAGACAUUGCACUUAAUCAAAGCAGUUUGAUUUUGCUGAACAGCACAAUAGUGGGUAGAAGAAAGAUGGCUUCAUGGCUCUUUUUGUGAGCUUUAAAACAACUCAGGGUGAGCUGCAUAGCUACUUCUGCCAAGUCCGCUAUCUGAUCUCAGCCGUCUUCUCUGAUAAAAUAGUCCAGUCUUUUGUUUCAGCUCAUUCACAGCCCUCAUCCGCACACUUCAUAGUACACUGCCAGCCUCCCCUAAAUGUCAUGAAUGAACUCAAUCGUUCACAUAAAAUUGGCUUGUGUAAGUUAAAGAGGUAGUUCAUCUAAAAAUAAAAAAUCUGUUCGACUUUCUUGCAUGAAAUUCAAAAUUUCCAAGCUACCUUUUUCCAUACAGUGAAAGUGAAUGGUGACCACAGCCAUUUGGAAAAGCACAAGAUGAAUAAACUGCUAAACAGCAUAGUUUUGUUCCAUGCAGGAAAAAAAGUCAAACGGUGACUUGUGUCAACAUUUCAAAUUUCGGGUGAACUAUCCCUUUAAAGUUAAAACGUACAGAGGAAAAACAAAUGUUACACAC